CAGUUAUGUCCAGAAACAUUUCAGAUUUUCAAAUAAGACAACCCUAUGUACUUAGAGAGUUUUACUGGGGAAAAAAUCAUGGCCAUCCCCUGUAGGAUGUAAUUAUAGCAUCGCACCUUCUACACAAGUUAGGGUAAAGAGUACACAGAGAUUGAGUCCGAAAACCAGCUAAGCAGGCAGGCCUCAUCUGUUUGGCUCAGGCGUGGGAAUGGCGGAGAUCGAUCUCCAAUUCCGACUGGAUAUGCUCCCAAUGCUGACGUCACUUCCUGGCGGGCGGAAAGUGGUCGUUGAUCACAUGACUGACCGACAGAUCACGGAAACUUACGCCAUGGUGGAGAAGGACGCCAGUAACGGACUGGGCUUCGCCGUUGACGAGUACGUUACCGAGGAGGACUUCAGAGACGAGGUUUGCGAGGGUUUCGGUUUUGUUGUUUUGAGCGAAGACAAGUCUGAACUUAUAUCAGCGUUCUUCAUCAUCAGGAGCCGGUUUUGUCGGGACGGCCGAGCGGCCGAUCCAAUAGUGAUUGUGCGAGAAGACCAGCGAGGACAGAAAAUUGGGGAAUUCUGCUCAAAACUCGUUAUGCAGUUCGCCCCUAAAUUAGGCUUUGUGUGCAUAUAUUUCGACAUUUUCACUAAUAACAAAGCCAUGCUGCACAUCGUCCACAAACUGGAGGGACUCACACGAAUUGGCCAUCUACCUUACUCCGGCAGAUUAGGAGACACCGGCAAGGCCAUCGGCUCCGAUGUCUUCUUUUACUCUUUUUCAAACCAAUCAAAUAAUAUUUAGGUAAAUAAUUUUUGAACAGUGUUUACU